CAGGAAUGGAUUAUGUUCGUUGCCAUUAUUACUAAAAUCAUUGCUUGCGUCUUAAUUAAACACCAGGCCUUUAGUACUGCUCCUUAAACUUCAGGACGUGGUUUCUACUUUCUUUCCCGAACCAAUCCGUUGUUAGCGGGAGGAGUCCAAGCAGUGGACCUGAGGGACGGAUAGCAGUGUUUUACGAGUUCGGCGGAGCGCUUGACGACUCCGAAGGUCCGAGGUCCGGUGGGGGGCUUAUUCGGGGGUGUCGUCUCCGGUACAAGCGCGCGACAUGCUCCCGCAUCAGAGAAUCGCGGGGCGAGAGCGGAGAACAUUUCACUGGCGGACCGCCUCACCGUGGACCACGUGCGUGAGAGUGGCGUGUUGCAGUCGCCUGCGUUUUAUGUGGUUCGCUCUGAUGGUCUUGACGGUCCUCUGCGUAGCACUGCAGAUGCUGGGAGUCGUCCGACAGGCCAGGAGCUCCAAGGUUUUGAAACUUGUUAGUGAGCAGCUGGUCGGAAUGCCUUCAGAGAUGCACAGGCCUGUAAAGCGCAAAGACUGGGGAAACGUUUGGUCUGUCUCAGCAGCCAUUGUUGAGGAACCAUUAGAACAGCAACCUUUUAUACAAAGAAAAGACAAGAGCGAAAACCCUCAUUCAGAAGAGGGAAGGGACCAAGUCUUGGAGGAUACAAGAAAAACGCUUUCUAGCACUACCAAAGCAGCUCCAGCAAUAGAGGGGAAUAAACUUUGGCUUGACCAAGAUUUUCCAAACCAGCCACAGAGGCCAGCUUUCCCCAAAAGGACCCCAGAAAUUAAAAAACCUCCACCCUCUGAUGACAAAACUGAUACACAUACAGUAAAAUCACUAGUUGACGACACUGUCAUGUGUCAGCCCAAAAACCAUAUUGUCUUCCUCAAGACACACAAGACUGCCAGUAGCACCAUACUGAACAUUCUCUAUCGUUAUGGGGAAAACCAUAAUCUGACCUUUGCCUUGCCGCUGAACAUGCACAGCCAGUUAUUUUACCCAGCAUUCUUUGCAGCACACUUUGUGGAGGGUGUCAGGACUCACAGCGUGAAGGAGUUCCACAUCCUGUGCAAUCACAUGAGGUUCAGCUCACAGGAGGUGAGGAAAGUGAUGCCUAAAGACACAUUCUACUUUUCCAUUCUUCGGAAUCCAGUGGCGAUGAUGGAAUCCCUGUUUGUUUACUACAAAGCGAUCCCAGCUUUCCGUGCUGUCAAGAGCCUUGAGGAGUUUCUGAUCCAGGGUGGGCGGAGCUACAACGCCUCUGUGCCUAAUAACCACUAUGCACGUAACAUUUUGACCUUUGACUUCGGUCUAGAUAAUACAGCACCUGAGAACGACACCGAGCUGAACAAACGUAGCGCUGAGGUCAUCGCCGCUGUGGAACAUGACUUUCCGCUGAUCCUCAUCUCGGAGUAUUUUGAUGAAUCGCUGGUGCUUCUAAAACACGCCCUCUGCUGGUCACUGGAUGACGUUUUAUCUUUUCGCCUCAACAGUCGCAGUGAACGCUCUCGCAGGCCCUUGAGCGCAGAGAUCGCAGAGCGUUUAAAAGAGUGGAAUUCACUUGAUUGGCGAUUGUACCAGCAUUUUAAUGCCACUUUCUGGAAACGCAUAGACUCCACACUCGGGCGGGCGAAACUCCAACAGGAAGUUGAACUUCUGAGGGCAAAGAGGAGGAAGCUUGAGCAAAUGUGUCUUCAGGAAGGAGGGGCAGUAGAUCCUGCGCAGGUCCAGGAUUCAUCAUUGAAACCGUUUCAGUAUGGCGCAGCAGUUAUUCAAGGUUAUAACCUCCGACUGGGGUUAAAUAAUGACACUCGUCAGCUUUGUCAUAGGUUGAUUACACCUGAACUACAGUACACCUCAGCUUUGUACACCAAACAGUUCCCUCAGCUGGCAGCCGCGCAUGCCGCUGCUGCAAAAAAGAUUGCGGCUUCCAGAAACACUGCAGUGCACAGAGCUGUUAAGCGCAAUAUUGAGACAAAUGUUCACACAGCAAUGAUGAACAAUACCUCACAUAACAAUACAAAUAAAGUCAGUGUGGAUGAACAGCUUACACGGUUUAGCUAAUUCUGUUCCAAAGCAAACGACUCUUAUGAGCAGGUUCAGUUUAGCGAAUCAAACCCAUACAGCCCAACCAGAAUCACUGAAGAAUGAAUCAGUUCUUUUAAUGAAUUGUUCAAAAAGAUAGGUUUGAUGAAUUGUUCACUGAAUUGAAUCCAGCGAGGCACUGAAUCAACAUCUGAUUCACUCACUCACUUACUGUCAGUAUCAUUAAUGAUGUCCAUUUGAUAGCAUUUUGUUAGAUAGCCUAGUUUUUUUUUUUUUUUUUUUUUUUUUUUUUUUAAGGCUUAAUUAAACAAUAUUCAUUAGGAAUAACUUAUUAUCUAAGUUCUGAUUAAAAUAUUUUGUCUGCAUAUGACAUCUAUUCUGCAUUACCCUCCAGCAAAACCAAUGAUACCUGAUGUACCUGAUAGUUUUGGCUCUUAAAAUAUCACAGGCUAUGAUUAUAUUGUGUGAGACAAUAAUAAUCAAGUGUGAUUAAUGGUCUUAGAAGACUAUAGCUUGUUUACCUUGUUUGCACUUUCUAUUCAUACAUAAAUCAUCUAAUUUUUAUGAAAAUGUUUGUCCAUUUUAGACUAGAAGAGUCUUACUGUGCCUGUUCAGCUGUUGUUUGUGUUUUGGAAAAUGCAAACCUUUCUGCUCAUUAUGGCUAAGCUGGUUCUCUAAAACCAAUGGUUUAGGUUUCCAAUGUGACUCAGAAGUUUAAAUAACAUGGAUAAAGUGUGUUUGGCCUAUGCAAAAGUACAGAUUCAGCUGAACUUGGUUUUUGUUAUAAUGCAGUAUUGUGAAUAACUUGGAGAACAGGCUUACACUUUGUAAAUCCAGCUAUUUAUUUCUGCACCAUGAGGCAAUUGAUUUGUUGUCAAAUGUCACUGGAAGAAAAUGGAAAAUAUGUCACUGGCAAUCUCAGACACAUGAAUCAGAGCCUAAUGCAAAAUACUUUGAAAGGAUCUAUUAGAUUUUUUUGUGUUGUUUCCGACAUUGCAAUCUUAGAAGUGGUCUAUAAAAGUAUUUACACACUAAGGUCACAAAUUUAAAGUUUGCUAGUGCUCUGGCAUAGUUGUGCACAUGACAAAUAAGAGCUGUUGGUUUGAGUCUGACCUGGUUCACAUCCUGAUCCCAUUUUAUCUUUUCCUCACUUUUCUUUCUGCAUUCUGCAGUCCUAUAAAUAACAGUAAAACGCCCUAAAAUAAAAUGAUACAUUAACAAAAUGUAUGAACUUCAUUGUAAUAGAUAAAAAUAUCAAACCAACAAACAAAAUAUUAGAAUUUUCUCAGAAUUAACUGGUGUUAAUGUGGUAUUUAUGAAGUCGGUAGACACAUCAGAUCGAUCACAUGUAGUUCAUAUGAACAUGAUCCAAGUCUAAAAGUCCAAAUAAUUUCUUUUUUUAAUUGGUUAAUUUGAUAAUGUAAAGCCUAAUAAAUGUCAUUUAAUAUUGAAAAGUGAACUUGGGCUACAUUUCUUUAAAAUUAACACUGCUUGGUUUGGUGUUGUAUUAUGUAACGCAAUGACAAGUGUGGUAAUGAAGCCUCUGUUUCUCACAAGUGGAACCCUAAUUAAUGUAAACGUUCUGUAUUAUGACGGAUUUAAUACAAUGGCCAUCUAAAACCAGUCUGGAAACCCAAUGUAUCAUUGAGGCCAAUUUUAAUGGAGAAAGCAGACUAACAGUAUGCUAAGGGCUAAUGCUGAUUGCCAAGUUUUACCAGCUUUACUGAGACUCUGAAGGACCUGGACCUUGAUCAUUACCCAGAAUGACUUACCAGCCUGCAUAAAAGAUCAUCUGAACCAAUGUCUCAGAACUUUGAUCUCAAAGUUUGCUUUAAUGUUAGUGAGCAGUAUAUACUGUAUAUGUGUGGCACCUUAUUUCAAAUCUCUGAAAGCUACAGUAUAUUUGCAACUGUUUCGUAUUUAUUAAUAAAAGAUGAUUCUCUGGUGAUGGUUGUCUUCUCUGUACAAAACAAGCA